UGCCUCCUCUCCCUUCCUCCUGUCUCCUCUUCUCUCCUGUGAAGCCUGAAUGAUGGAUCCGAAGUGGGACCUGCUGCUCCUCCUGCUCUGCUCCAACUCUCUUCGUUGUUCAGCCAUGGAAUCGGUGAAUCUGGUGGAUAUCUGUGGCCAAACAAUCCAAAGAGAUGGAAUGAUCAUCAAUUCACACCAGGAAUCCAAGAAGCACUACUUUGUGACCACAGGGACCGACUGUCACCUCACCAUGCUGGCCAGCUCGCCUAAAGAAAAGGUCCAAUUCUACUUUCGUUUCUUCCUGGUCUACAGCUUACUCAGAGUUGCUCCACUAAACCCCGCCCCUCUCAUCCAAGAGUCCUCACAUGGCUCCGCCUCUCUCAACUUGAAACUCCAGCCCACCUCUAGUUCAAGCCCAGACGAUCCUUGUUUCGCCGGAUCCUAUCUUCAGUUCUAUGAUGGCAGAGACAUGCGCUCGCCACCUCUUGGGCCUCCUCUUUGUGGGAAGACUCCUCCCAAGCCAGUGCUGUCUACAGGACAAUAUUUGACCCUGAGGCUGGUGACACGGGGAACCCAGCCCAGGGUUGAUUUUGUUGGAGACUUCACCUCUUUGAGACUGGGAUUCAACCAAUCAGAGUGUAGAACUGAGGCCUAUUUUACCUGUAGAAAUGGGAAUUGCAUUCCUAUCAGUCUUGUGUGUGAUGACAAAGGCAUUGACAACUGUGGAGAUGGAAGUGACCUAGAGGAAAACCUGAGGACAGGCUGCAAAGGUCAGCUUAUGCCCAGUGAACUUCCUCCUGAAGUUUCUUCACCUCCUCUUUCCUUCAUUAUUCGGCCAACCCAACAUGGUGGGACAUGUAUGAACUGCAGUGGAACAGGCAGCAGUCCGAGGCAGGAGUCUGUAAGUGCCUCAUCCUCUUCUUUAUGCCUACUGGUUUUAUACAUCAUCCUGGCGACAGUGGCGGCGGGCAUCAUACUCUGCUGGUGCUGCUGGUCACCUGGUUGGUUUGUGUGGCGUGUCAGCGUCUGUCGUUUCGUACCAUGUUGUAAGUCAACCUGUUCUUCCUGUACAGUCUGUGCAGACACCAAGGAACACCGAGUAACAAAGGUCACCCCUCACUCACCGGUCAACCAAACCCCGAUGAACCCAACGCUCAGCACUAAUGACAAUCAGUGUUAACUCUUUAUAUCCCUGAAGUUUUUAUGGUUUCGCUUUCACAAUGUGGGGACACUAUAAUCAGGGGUCAUUGCACAGGAUUUAUCUGUGGAGGAUGAUCUGAGGGCAAAUUUGUGAUGCUGAAGGUUGUCUGGAGAAACGUGCUGCCCAGCAAGCAAUAAGGACCAGAGCGGUUGGUGAAUCUAUUAUUUACUUUAUUUCUGUACUUUUCUUUAUCCAAACAUGAUUCCCACUGUAGAACCGCUGAAGGGUUUUAUGAAGACAUUUCUGAUGUUAAACAAAUUCUUCUUUGUACCAGUAAACUUGUAAUUGUAGAUUCAUUUAGUCUUUUUCACUCUUUCACAAAUACAACACAACAAUGGUGGAUGACCUUUUCUUAUAUGGCACCUUUUCACGUCCUGAGACUCCAAAGUAAACUGCAAUCGCAUAUACACACCCUGAUGGCGGCAAGCUAGAAUAUGGCUGCAGCGAAAGCCAGAACUGUUGUUUGAACCAACAACCCUUUGGUUGCAGGGCAAACCUGCAUCUCACGGCAAUAAAAGUUGUAACAAACAACUUUUGUUUUUUAUUCUUGAGUACAACUGCAAAUCUGCUAAUGUGCUAAAAAAACCUGCCUUACAAAUUUCAAA